GAUAACAUUGCUCAAGAGUAUCGAUAAAAAAGAGGGAGACGCUGCAUCAGUAAUAAAUUUUCAUCGGAGCGCUUUAUAUCGAAUAUAGAAAUACUGAAUUCAGGUAGUAACAAGCUAAAGCUGUCAGAGAAGUUUUGGUAUUCCGUUAAUUGUGAAUAAAACAACGAUACUAUAAUUUGUGAUGUAUCUAUAAAAACAGUGAACAUAAUUAUAAUUGCAAAUAGUAUUAUUAGAAAAACAGAAGAAUUUGUUGAAUACAUACUAACAUGUCUUCCCUCCAAAAAUCGAUUUUGAAAUCAAAACUACCACCAUCGGGUGUCAAUUUUGGAAUUAGCUCUAGGAUUAAUAAAUCAAAGGGAUUUCAACGUAAGAGAGAUUAUGAUCCAGUUCAAUGGACUCCAUAUUUUGAUCAUUCUCAAGAUGUGAAAAUAGGAGAUGACAUAUUUCAUAUUUAUACUAAGGGUACAGAUGGCCCGACAUUAGUAUUGUUACAUGGGGGUGGUUACAGUGCAUUAACAUGGGCAGAAUUCACUAAAUCAAUUAUGACUAUGAUAAUAUGUAAAGUUAUGGCAAUUGAUCUUAGAGGACAUGGAGAUACUCAAACUUCAAAUGAAGAAGAUUUAUCUGCUGAUACUUUAGCAAAAGAUGUUGCAGAAAUUGUAAAUGCAACAACAAAAAAUAAUCCUGUCAUCCUAGUGGGCCAUAGUAUGGGUGGUGCAGUAGCUGUUAGAGCUGCAUCAUUAAUCACAAAUUUAUGUGGAUUAGGAGUUAUUGAUGUUGUUGAAGGGACAGCCAUGGAUGCAUUAGCAUCUAUGCAAAGCUUUCUAAGAUCAAGACCAUCUAGUUUUAGUUCUAUUUCUCAAGCUGUGGAAUGGUGUGUACGAAGUGGCCAAAUCCGUAACAUACAAUCAGCUAAGGUGUCAGUUCCUGGACAAAUAAGAAACAUCGAAACUAAUAAAUUAGCCACUCAUGAUAUUGAUUUGUUGUCACAAUCAUCAACAUGCCAGUGUAUUUCUGAGACUACAAUCCCACGAGAAGAUAUUAUUCAAGAAGAAGAACCAGUAAAUAUGCCACCACCAUCUACUCCAACCGGCACUACUGCUACUAGAAAAUAUGUUUGGAGAAUAGAUCUAUCAAAGACUGAACAACAUUGGCUUGGAUGGUUUAAGGGUUUGUCAACAGCAUUUUUAAAUGUACCAGUUCCAAAAGUACUAUUACUAGCUGGUGUCGACAGAUUAGACCGAGAACUCACUGUUGGACAAAUGCAAGGUAAAUUUCAAAUGCAAGUAUUACCAGCAUGUGGACAUGCAGUACAUGAAGAUGUUCCAGAUAAAGUAGCAGAAGCAAUUGCUACUUUUAUGGUUAGACAUAAAUUUGCAGAAUCAGCAUCUGAUUUUCCACGAACAUUUCCUGCUUGUUAGGAUUUUAUGAAAAAUAACGGACAUUUGUCAAGUAACAUGAUUAUAAAAUUCGAUAAAUUAGUUAAAAUGAGCAUUUUAUUUAUUUAAAAAUAUGUUCACAAAAUAUAUAUGAAUACAUAUGUAAAUAAAAACAUUUUGUCGACAAGAAAAAUAAAUUUGUUCGACGUAAAAAAUGUAUUUGUUAAAAAUAAAUUUGAAUAUGUUUAUACAAAAGACAUAGGUAUAAAUAUGUACAAAUUCACGAUAGUAUAUGCAACGUAUCAAAUGGAGUACAAACAUUGCUUUGUCUGUGUUGAAACACUAUGUUUUAAACAUAUAUUUAUAGACAAAAAUAAUGUUACUUUUAUGAUAUAGUAACAUUUGCAAAUAUCUCCUUCUGUAUCUAUCUUCCGAUGUAAGAUUUUUAAUUAAAAUACUUUGAAGUUCCA